UGGAAUACAACAAAGUACUAGACAUCUUGUGCUCACAAAGUAUUAAUUCAUUGUUUGGCAGGGUGCAGUACCAAAAGGGAAUGCCACUAAAGAGUUCAUUGAAAGUUUACAGUUGAAGCCGGGCCAAGUGGUAUACAAAUGCCCCAAGUGCUGCAGCAUCAAGCCAGAGCGAGCACAUCAUUGCAGUGUAUGUAAGAGAUGUAUUCGAAAGAUGGAUCACCACUGUCCAUGGGUUAACAACUGUGUGGGAGAGAAUAACCAGAAAUACUUUGUGUUGUUUACAAUGUAUAUAGCUUUGAUAUCACUACAUGCCCUUAUCAUGGUUUGCUUUCACUUUCUGUAUUGCUUUGAAGAGGAGUGGACAAAAUGCAGCUCAUUCUCACCACCAUCCACAGUGAUACUUCUCAUUCUACUGUGCUUUGAGGGUCUUCUUUUCCUUAUUUUCACGGCUGUCAUGUUUGGCACCCAAGUACAUUCUAUCUGCUCGGAUGAAACGGGAAUAGAGCAGUUGAAAAAGGAAGAGAGAAGAUGGGCUAAAAAAACAAAAUGGAUGAAUAUGAAAGCUGUGUUCGGUCAUCCAUUUUCAAUAGAAUGGCUCAGUCCAUUCGCAACUCCAGAUCAAGGGAAAGUAGACCCGUACCAGUAUGUGGUCUGAGUCAUCCUAGGCCAGCAAUCCAAUUCAAACUGGUUACUUAAUAAUUUUCACAAGUACCAGUCAUAACUUAAUAUAUAAGUUAUUUACAAAUGACUGUAUCCUUCCUGAUCCACGUGUUGUUUAAAAGCAUGGAUGAUGAAAAAGGUGCACACCAUGGUUCAACUUUAUUCCUGCAGUCUCUGAUCCGUGAAAAUAAUAGGACAGUAAAACAGUAAAAUGUCGAACUUCCUUUUCUCCUACACUGGGAUAUUGUUUAAUAUAUGCAGGCUUCUAAAGUCUGCAGUUCUAGCUGUAAAAUUGAAAUAAAGAAAAUUGAAGAAAAUCAAGUGACUGAAGGUACUGUUAAGGAUCAGACAUCCUUCUGAAACUUCAGGAUACAUAAUAGGGUCUGCAUUAAUUUUUUUGACUUAUUUUCUUGAUUUGCCUAUUGAUUUAUACAUUAACAUUCUCUAACAAUUACAGUACUGAAGUAUAAUCUGUUGCCUUUAUUAACCUGGUAUUACUGUAAUUAUUGAGUGCUAUGAGGUGUUCCUUAGGUGUGCAAAUGCUAAUCACAGAUGAGAUGAAACUGCUUGCUUAAACCUUACUGUCCCUACUCCGUAGCCUUCUAAAUCCUGACUUCCUGAUCUUAUUCUGUCCUGUAUUUGCUCUUGUGUAAUUAAUUUACGUUCUGGUUCACUUAAUCCUUAGUGGGAGAAUGGUGUGCCCUGGCCUUGCCCUCUGUGUUGGUUUUCUCGCAUGAUCUGCAUCAUACCAAAGAAGCAGAUGACCUUCCUUGUUAAGAGGAAGUCACUUGGCUUAUUAAAAGGACAGAUACUAAACAAAUCUAGUAGAAUGAAGAUUGUUAAUCAAGGUUGCAGAAAGAACUUUUGAUGCAGGGGUGUAUCAACUGAUAUUGGUUCACACCUGAUGGCAUUGCUGUCUCCCCACUUAUUUUCAUGGUGUCCUAUGAAUGUUCAUGUUUGUGACAAGGGAGUUCAUCUAAUUUAUAUGGCCAUCCAUGUUUGUGAUGCGCCAAAAUCAUUGUUACAUGGACUGCCAACAUGACAAUUUCUUUUGCAUCUUUUUAGGAUGUUAAUUUUCAUAUCACUUUUGUCUGCCCAUCUCCAUUUUCCUCCUCCUUACCAUGUUAAGUCUAUAUAAGAGAAUAUGCUGAGAAUCUUUAGUUACUAAUCCUACAUGCUUCUCCAUAAUGUUAGACUAUUUAUUGCUCAGUGCUGUCCUGUAUAAAAUUUCUCAUCUCUGUUUGCAGUUUUCAGCAGGCAGAGUAAAUUCAGUCUUCCAAACACUCUAGGCAAAAUGGCUUUUUAUAAACAUUCGGAAGUUACAUUUAAAAACAUGACUCUUUUUUAAAAUUUUUUUUUUAAAAAAAUCCCUCUAUUACCUCAUUUAUUUUUAAACAUUUUUUGUGGAUUUUUUCAAUGUUUUUUCCAAGCUGUCAUUUCUUUUCUUAAAUUGGAACGAGGAUGGCCAUUCAGUUGCUCAGGACUGUCCCACCAUUCAUUUAUCUUAUCCAACAAGAAUGUAUUGAUUUCUGUCUUCUUACAAUUUCAAUUGAACCAAUGUCCAGUGUUAGUGAAAACAUUGCUUCUUGUCACGUCAAUCCACAAGUACAACUUAGAAAGGUCUAGUGUUCAGAUUCGUGAACGGGGAUUGAAGUGAAGUGAUUCCUAGGGAUUGGUGUUGACCUUGUUCCUGACCAACCCUGCCAAGUAGCAAGCUUUCUCACCAUUCUGUAGCAAUGUUCCCUUGUUCACAAUCUGUUGGUGCCAUGAACAGUUAGAGGGCUUUAUUCAGAAUAGGUUAAUGUUAGGGCUAGAUCAAACUUUUGUUCACAGAAUUCUGUUUUGUCUUAGUUUAAUUAUUUACCUCCCCAGCAUUUUUUAAUUUUUGUUAAUUCUUGAUGCGUUUAGUUAAGUUUAUAGACAUCAUCCAUGGGUAGAUUUAAAAAAAGGGCCACAAAAUAAUUUAAAAUUACAUCUUUGAAUCUCAAUUUGCUCAAUCCAAUGGCUGUCUAAAUGCAUUGAAAACCUCUUACUGAAACCCCAGUAAGGUGGUCAGCCUCAACGAAAGUAGUUUCUGAAGCUCCCCAGAAUAGAAAACAGGAAAAUCCUGUUCCUUUUUUAUUGUUUUUUAGCACUGCAAUGUAAUUCCUACAUUGGAUAGUAUAGUAAUGCACUCAAGAAUCAUUUUAAAAACUGUCACUUGCCAAAGGUUCUGCCAGGGCAGGUAGUAUAUAAACAACAGUACCCUAGCAUAUGUGUGCCUCAUAAAGGUUGGUAAAAGUAGUAGACUGUAGUUUGAGGACUGCUAAUAUGAAGUUUUUGUUUUAAAACUGGUCAGAAUUAGAGGAGUAUCUCAACAGAUAUCACUAUUGUCUUUGUAUAUCAGUGGGAUUUUGGGGAAAUUCUGUCUUCUGAUAAAUUAAAGAAGAUUUGUGUUAAUACAGGUGGACACUUAAGUUUUUAAGUGAGAGAAUUCUGGCUCUUUAAAAUUCAAGACCUGAGACAUUGGUUGCUUUAGGAGUUGAGCAGUUCUGAAAUUGGACUGUAACCUUGAUGUGGAAAUGGAACUCAAAUAAACAAAUUGAGCUUUUGUUUAAAGAAAGAAUGUUUAAAAUUGCUGUGAAAGGAUGUCACCUCUUGCAAUGCUGGAAUAUGGAAAAUGAAUAUUUGUUGACUACUUUGGUAGGCCAACAGAGGCAUUACUUAAAAUCAAGUCAACAAAUCUCGAGGUUUUUAAUCUUGCAUUAAAGCUGCCAAUUGAAUUAGCUUUGCAGAAGUAAUAUCAAAAUGAUUUACAUGUUUUGUGUUAUAUUACAGCAUUGCCAAAAAUGCAGUUAAAUCAUUAUUUCUGAUAACCUUGUGUCCUCUAUGUUGGGGAGGAAAAGAAACUACAUCUGAAGAAUGCAUUUAAUGUGGGGCUUGGGAUUUUGUGUUUGUCCAAUUGUUUGCUUUAGAUGCAAUCUGAAUACUGUGUGAGAUUUGGGUGCUAUUACUGAAUAACUAAAUAAAACAUUUUACAAAUAC